GAUUCAGCGCCUCCCACAAUCUUAACCCUUGCUAGCUGCCCCCCAACCCCGACCCGACCUCCCUGCUUCCCCACGUGGCCCUUUUCCUUAUCUCGGAUGCUGCUGAUGGAGAACAAAAUCCAGGGAGGGUCCAGUCUGUGCCUCCCACCUGAAGGGAACAGACUAUCUUCCUUCACGUACCAGAUCUUUGCUUUGGGAGAUAAAUGACUCCCGUGUCCUUAUGAGAGUCAUCUGCAGCCUCUUCGUGCAAUUCAGCCUCUAAAAGCGAACGUAACUUUGUAGAGGCGGGAGAUCCUUUGCCCUGUUGGAAACUACACUGGAGUAGAAAGACAAAAUGGACGUUGAGUGUCCAGCAGGAAUGGAAGCCACCAGAGGCCCUGCUGCCUUUCAGGGUGGAUCCGGUAGUGUGUUGUGGGAAAGUACCAGGCCGAAGGUCCUGCAUGAGGAUGUCAUCAGCUCUGACGUUCAUCGUUUGUUCUUCAAGAAUUUCUGCUACCAGGAGGCGAAGGGGCCCAGAGAGGCUUGCAGCCAACUGCAUCAGCUUUGCCAUCAAUGGCUGAAGCCGGAAAGCAGCACCAAAACUCAGAUGGUGGACAUGGUGGUCUUGGAGGAGUUUCUGGCUGUCCUGCCCCCAGAGAUGGAGAGCUGGGUGAGGGAAUGUGGAGCGAAGACUUGUUCCCAGGCUGUGGCCCUGGCCGAAGGCUUCCUCCUCAGUCAAGCAACAGAUGAGGGGCAAGUAGAGAAGCAGGUGCCAGAAGCAUUGACGGGGAUGGUCUCGACACAAACCAAAGAAAGGGAAGAUGUGUCCACUUCUUCUCAGGAGCAGCUCUUUGGGAAGAUGUCUGAGGAGGAUCCAACUCAGGUCACCUCCCAAUGGAAUGGAAAGGCAUUGGUGGUUAUCCCUGAAACAUCUCCCGUUUGUGAUGAAGCAGAAACAGCAUCUCCAUCUCAGGGUUCUGUGUCUUUUGAGGAAGUGGCUGUGUAUUUUGUGGAGGAGGAAUGGGAGAUUCUGGAUUCUAACCAAAAAGCUUUGCACAGGGAAGUCAUGCUGGAAAAUUCCCAAAAUGUGACAGCUCUGGCUGCCUGUGAACAGGAGACAGAAAAUGAUAAGGAGGAGAGAGUGGCACUCUUGCCAGCAGCCCAAAAUGAAGCGGAUAAAGAGACGUUUGCCAAUCAAGAGGAAUCAAACGGUCAGGAAAAAACCUGCGAAAUAAAUGGAAGACCGACUUCGGACCCAUCGGGAGGUGCAGAAGACCACGUCACCACGAGCGAAGAGUGUGGAGAGGGCGUUGGUGAGAGCAGUGACCUUGCGAAGCACGGCGGAAUCCGCAGUGGGCAGAAACCAUACGUGUGUGUGGACUGUGGAAAAAGUUUCUGCAAGAGAUCUCGGUUCAGGAUCCACGAAAGAAUGCACACCGGGGAGAGGCCAUUUAAGUGUGCUGAGUGCGGAAAGGGCUUCACGGUGAGGGGUCAUCUGAUUAAUCAUGAAAGAAUCCACACAGGGGAGAAGCCCUUUAGGUGCAUGGACUGCGGCAAGAGUUUUAGUCACAAAAGCGCGCUUUCUCGCCACGAAAUAGCCCACACCGGGGAGAAGCCCUACAAGUGCGUAGACUGUGGAAAAGGCUUCUGUAAUGGAGGCAGACUUAGGAUCCAUGAAAGAAUCCACACGGGGGAGAAACCAUUUAAAUGUAUGGAGUGUGGAAAGGGCUUCACCAUGACGGGUAACCUUGUGAAUCACAAAAGGAUCCACACAGGAGAAAAGCCCUUUAGGUGCACGGACUGUGGCAAGAGCUUCAAUCAGAAUAGUAGCCUGGUGACCCACAAAAGAAUCCACACAGGGGAAAAGCCAUAUCACUGUCUAGAGUGUGGGAAGAGCUUUAGUCAGAACAGCGCACUUACUCGUCACGAAAGGACCCACACCGGGGAGAAACCUUUUAAGUGCUUGGACUGUGGAAAGAGUUUCAGUCAUAACAACAGCCUAAUGACCCACAAAAGAAUCCACACAGGGGAGAAGCCAUAUUGUUGUCUGGAGUGUGGAAAGAGCUUUAGGGACAACAGCGCCCUUGCUUAUCACGAAAGGACCCACACUGGGGAGAAACCUUUUGAGUGCUUGGACUGUGGAAAGAGUUUCAGUCAUAACCGCAGCCUAAUGACCCACAAAAGAAUCCACACAGGGGAAAAGCCAUAUCACUGUCUGGAGUGUGGGAAGAGCUUUAGUCAAAACAGCGGACUUACUCGUCACGAAAUGAUCCACACCGGGGAGAAACCUUUUGAGUGCUUGGACUGUGGAAAGAGUUUCAGUCAUAACAGCAGCCUAAUGACCCACAAAAGAAUCCACACAGGGGAAAAGCCAUAUCACUGUCUGGAGUGUGGGAAGAGCUUUAGUCAAAACAGCGCACUUACUCGUCACGAAAUGAUCCACACCGGGGAGAAACCUUUUGAGUGCUUGGACUGUGGAAAAAGUUUCAGUCAUAACAGCAGCCUAAUGACCCACAAAAGAAUCCACACAGGGGAGAAGCCAUAUUGUUGUCUGGAGUGUGGAAAGAGCUUUAGGGACAACAGCGCCCUUGCUUGUCACGAAAGGACCCACACUGGGGAGAAACCUUUUGAAUGCACGGACUGUGGGAAAAACUUCAGUCAGCAUAGCAGCCUUAUGACCCACAAAAGAAUUCACACAGGGGAGAAGCUAUAUCAGUGUCCGGAGUGUGGAAAGAGCUUUUGUCAGAGCGGCCAUUAUAUGAUGCACCAAAGAAUCCACACGGGAUAGAAUCUAAAUUCAAGGUGUAGCCAGGUAGAAAAUAUGUGAAACAAAAGAAUCGACGCAGGAGAAGCCAUCUGGAUACUUGGAGUGCAGAAAGAGGAAUUUUGCAUAAAAUGAAAAGUCAAGGGAGAAAUAUUUGAUAUGUAGUGUGGUGUUACUGCACAUUUUGAUUACUUUUUCACAUUUUGAAAAAGAAAAUAGCCAGGAAAAACGGAAGUGAAAACUUCAGAGACAGGAAUGCUAAAGAACGAUUUGAUAUGGUCUUUCAACCUUCAAGCAAGAUAGGGCAAGAAAAAUGCCUCAGUCAGGUUGAUAAAUAGAGGGAAAUUAGCAAGAAAGGGAAAACAAUAUUUUUAAGAAAGUCAGAAAUUACAGGAAAUUUUGCAAGUAAGAUAUGAACCAGAGAAUGGUAUGCUGUAAUUCAGAAAUGUCAAACACAAGGCCCGGGGGCCGGACGCGGCCCGCAAAGUGGUUUCAUGUGGCCUGCGAAGCCAUCCUGGAAACAGUGAGGGAACGGCCCCCUCUGCCAUGGCCGUGGCCCAGGCCGGGCGGGAGCCAAUGUACAAUUUUGUGGUGGCCAUCUAUGCUGAAACAUUUUCAGUCUUAGCUCCACAAGGCUGUCUGGAAACAGCGAGGAACCAGCCCCUGCCGUGUCAGCCUGGGUGCAUG